AGCCUUGGCUUUUGUUCCACCCAGGCACACCAGAGAGGGACCCGCCUUUCCCUGGGCAGGCCGAGGAAUUCAAACUCCGCCCCUGCCCUGCCUUCUCCGCCUCGUUCCGUCCGGCACUUUUGCCUGAGACUGAGCGAAGAGACUGAGCCGGGCAACCGCGUCGUCCGUGCCGCCCUCUCGACGGGACGGCUGCCCCGACCAUUCGCUCAAUUUCUCGGCUUCUUGCCAGCUGCGGGGCUGAGGACUGAGCGCGGCCAACGCUGGACGCGGAGCCGCCUGGACUUCGAAAAGAAGGACCGGACGGGACUGGGCAAGCUGAAGGCGGCGGAGUUCCUCCUGGAGAAAGAGGGCGGGCAGGCAAGGCUUCGCCGGCACGAUCCGCCCGGCUUCGUGGGUUGGAAGGGGCUCCCCCAGGGAGGAAGUAAGCGGGCAGGGCGGGAGCGCCCCCCACCCCUUUCUCUUCGGAAGAAAUCUGUGGUGGAGGCAGUGGAGAAGCUCCAUCCCCCUACUCUUCACUGAGACUAGAGGGGAGGGUCCUGCUUCCCCGAUGGGAGGGGCUGUCCACAGAAUGGAGCGCUAGCCCUCCCUUCCCUUCCUGCCCCCUUCCCUGGCAUCCCUCCUACAUGGUCCCUGUCCUGUUGGAAGUAGUGGGGAAUUGUGUGGAAGGCAAUGUUGAGGACUUAGAUGCGGGUAUCCUGGACCAGCAAGGCCCAGACGACCCCCCAUGGAGCCACUAAAAAGUAUGUUUCGGAAGGCCCCACUGGUGGCCUGGGGGGGAGGCUCACAUGGUGGGGGCAUGACCGCUUAUGCCAACCCUGUCUGGACGGCGUUGUUUGACUACGAGGCCACCAGCAGCGAUGAACUGACCCUGCACAAAGGUGACCUAGUGGAAGUCCUUUCGUGGGACGCCGCCAUAUCUGGCGAUGAAGGUUGGUGGGCUGGCAAAGUGAACAACCAAGUGGGCAUCUUCCCUUCCGAUUACGUCUUGCCCAAGACAGGGGGCUACUCUGGGCCCGAGGGCCCUCCUGAGGCCGACUUCCGUGACCUGAGGCUGGAGGAAGUGAUUGGCGUCGGUGGCUUUGGCAAGGUCUACCGGGGAAGCUGGCGGGGAGAGCUGGUGGCGGUCAAAGCUGCCCGUCAAGACCCAGAUGAGGACAUCAGUACCACAGCUGAGCGGGUGCGGCAGGAGGCCCGGCUCUUUGCCAUGCUACGGCACCCCAACAUCAUCGCUCUCAAGGCGGUCUGCCUGCAGGAGCCCAACCUGUGUCUAGUCAUGGAAUACGCUGCAGGGGGUCCACUCAGCAGGAUGCUGGCUGGGCAGAGAAUACCACCCCACAUCCUUAUCAACUGGGCCGUGCAAAUCGCCCAGGGGAUGCAGUACCUGCAUUGUGAAGCUAUCGUGCCCGUCAUCCACCGUGACCUGAAGUCCAACAAUAUCCUGCUGGCAGAAUGUGUGGAUGAUGGAGAUGUGAGUGGGAAGACCUUGAAGAUUACAGAUUUUGGGCUGGCCCGUGAGUGGCACAAGACAACCAAGAUGAGUACGGCAGGCACCUAUGCCUGGAUGGCACCUGAAGUGAUUAAAAGCUCCACUUUCUCCCGAGGCAGCGACAUCUGGAGUUACGGAGUCCUUCUUUGGGAGCUUCUCACAGGGGAAGUCCCGUAUCGGGGCAUAGAUGGUCUUGCUGUGGCCUACGGUGUUGCUGUCAACAAGCUGACACUACCUAUUCCAUCCACCUGUCCAGAACCCUUUGCACGCCUCAUGGCAGAGUGCUGGGAACAGGACCCUCACCGCCGCCCCAGCUUUGCAUCCAUCCUGUCACAGCUGACAGUGCUGGAGGCUCAAGUUCUCCAUGACAUGCCCCAGGAGUCCUUCCACUCUAUGCAGGAUGAUUGGAAAGUUGAGAUCCAGGACAUGUUUGAUGAGCUGCGUGCCAAGGAGAAGGAGCUGCUAAGCCGUGAGGAGGAGCUGAAGCAAGCAGCCCUGAAACAGAAGUCCCAGGAAGAGUUUCUGCGCCAGCGGGAGCACGAGUUGGCCCAGUGGGAGCUGGAGGUUUUUGAGCGUGAGCUGAGCCUCCUCAUCCAGCAGAUGAACCGGGAACGGCCCCACGUGAAGAAGCGAAAGGGGACCUUCAAGAGGAACAAGCUGAAAGGGAGGGACAGCGAGCGCAUCAGCAUGCCCCUUGAUUUCAAGCAUCGCAUCACAGUGCAGGCUUCCCCCGGUUUGGACAAGAGGAAGGACUUCUUUGAGGUGGGGGCUGGUGGCUCUCCCACUUUCCCCCGAUUCCGAGCUAUCCAAUUGGACCCAAGUGAAAAUGACCAGAACUGGGGGCGCCAAUCACCACGUCGAGGGGAAGAGGCCUGGAAUGGCCGCAUCAAGAGUCCCAAUUCCCCCAAACCAUGGGAGAGUACGACACAGAAUGGAAGGAGAAGGUCACGCUUGGAAGAAACAACCUGGUACAUGGAGCCAGAAGCACCAAAUCCUCCCAUGCAGAUCCAGACCCAGCUCAGUCAGAAUGGCAACGCCUCAGGUGAUUCUGCAGAAACGGAGGAUCCGGCACCAGAACGGCCCAGCCCUCCCCGGCUCAUCCAGAGAGCCCUGCUCCGGGGCACAGCUCUGCUUGCUUCCCUUGGCCUGGGUCGAGAACUGCCUUCUACCCCCCAGGAACUCCCACCAAUGCCCCCUCAAAGGGAAUCCCCCCCUGCCCUGCUGGUAGAGUUGUGUAAAGAGGACCCCCCCACCGAUCUCCUCGUUGACCUUGCCUCAGUGGGCAACAGGGAUGCUUUGCCUCCUCUUUGGGCCCAGAUGUCGCCCAAGAUCCCAAGACUUGCGGAGGGUCGUAGCAACAAAACUCCAAAAUGGGAUGGAGCUCUCCCAUCUCCCUCCUCUCCUCACAGCCCACGGUCACCUCGCCCUGCCUCACACUCUAGUCUUAUCUCCCGACCCCGGCCUUCUCCUGUCCGCAGUCGCAUCGACCCUUGGAGCUUUGUGUCUUCUGGACCCCGUGCUUCACCUGUUCAGUCCCCGCAACUAGGGGCGCGCCCGUUCAAGCCACUGAAUUCCGAAGGCACCAAUCCAUUUGUGGUGCGCAACCCUGAUCCGUUUGCCUGUGGGGACUUCUCAGCCCCAAGGGAGCCUUCUGCCUCUAUGCCUCCUGACCCCAUGACCGUUGUGUCCAGAUCGCCUGUUCCAGGGCAGCGUAGCCCCAGUUUGUUGCCAGGCUGGACCGCCAGCCCCCAACCGCCCAAAGAAGAACUCCUGGCCCCGCCCUGGUGGUCAGCAGCUGCAACAUCUCAAGGAAGAGCAGCCCCAAAAUGAACGGGAGCAAAGGAGGGAAGUCCUGCCUUCCAGAUGCACUUUUUGUUCAGGAAGCUGGUGCCUUCAAUCACCUCAUGCUCUGUGAUUGGACACGAGGCUGCUAAUCCGAGACCACAGUAUGGACUUCUUCAGGAGGGAGAGCGUAAAUAUUCCUAGAUCAGAAAGGGAGCAGGGGAACCUUCUGGAGAGGGCUUCCUCCUCCACUCCUCUUCCCCCCCCCCUUGUCUUUCACUGAGCUCCUGCAACCAUUUCUUUCAAGGGUAUGAAGCCACUUAGAGCAGACACAAGUGUCCUGUACAACAGAGGGCUGAGAAAGUGGUGUGUGUGUGUUUGUGCAUAUGAGAGCAGUGGGAGGGGGAAGGCAGUAUGAUGGGAGAACCAUGUUUCAUGCUCUGCAUAGCAAACACUAACCAGUCACAUCUAUGGGGGGAGAAGCUCUGUUCUCUUUCAGCCCUUCUCUGCACAUGCCAACUGUGGAUCUUGCCAGCGCUCUCUCCUCCCCUGGGCCAGUGGAUCCGCCAGACUCGUUGACUGGCAGCUACCUUCCUUCUUCAUCUGUUCUCCAUUUGCCAGCUGGCCCCCUGCUGCAGCUGCAGCCAUGUCUGUGCCCGCUGGAGGCGGGAUGUGCAUAUGGAUGUGUAAAGUGUGUGUGUGUGAGACCCCCCCAACACCCAAAAAAUCCCUUUUCAACAGCCCUUCUCCCCCAGUCUCAGCAAAGCCAGUCAUGCAGAAUCUCCCUGCAGACACCAGAGGAGCAGAGUGCCGAGGCAUUGUUUGCAGCAUUCGUGAGCAUAUGGUGCACAUGCCCAGACAUGCGAGCAUGAGAGGAACCCAGUUGAAAAUGAGCUGCUUGUGGCUGGGGCACUGUCCACCUGCUCAGCAAGGAGUGUGUGUAUGCGUGUUCAUGGCACAUGUACAAAACCUGUCAUGCUCAGGAUUCUGCAGCAAACGGCGCUCUUGCAGUUGGCAAUCAUUAGCACUUGAAAUGUGCAAUUCUACUGUGUCCCCUUCCUCUUUUUAAUUUGUGCCUGUGCCAGGCUCCCUUGUGCCUUUCCCACUCCGGUUGCACGAGGGAGCCACCUGUGUCAAGCCCAGCCCAGUCUGGAAAGGGCCAAGCCUGUGAAAUGAGACCAAAUAAACCUCCAGUUGCUGCC